AUGCCUCUGAAUCCGUCCUAUAAUCACAAAUUAACCUUGGAGUACAUGAGAGAGCACCAACCCUUCGAUGAGCUCCCGACCGAAUACUAUCCUUGUUCGCAGCAGAUGCAAGGCUACCCCCUGCCAAACUUCGUCUACGGCUUUGCAUUCCGCCGCCAGACCAACGAGGCGCAGCCCACCCUCGACAAACUCGACGAAAUGCAGUCCAAGAUUCCUGAUCCCGAACUCCGCGACAAGACGAAAUGGCUUUCAAUCGGUGCUAUACUACAAUAUAUAGCCAACUCUGUUGACGCGGAUGUUUUCCGAGACAGUCCCCAUUACAAUGACUUGGGGAUUUCACGCGUCGACUAUGAUCGUACGAACAGCAUUUUUCAGAUUUUCCGUGUGUAUUCGUCGAAGAGGGCACGGACUCCCAAGAAGCCGCUGUGGGUGGAUGAUAUCGCACGCAUAGCAGCCGAGAUUUACAAGGAGCUUGGGUGGGAAGAUGUGCCGAAGCCACAGUGGUACCUGGACACAAGUACCAUCGUGUGUGAGGACGACACCGACUUCAAUAUCGUUCCUCGAUUCCUGUAG